CGUUCGCCAGCUCCGAGGCAGAAAGUGCCACGACUCCACACGCGCGCACGCAGCCAGCGAGCGGCCAGAGCGGACGGCGGACGGGGCGGACGGCGCCGGGGUCGCGGUGUGUGCAGCUGCUCAGGGGUGGCUUCUCGGCGGAGGCUCGGCCGGCUCCUCUCUCGCGGUUCCGCGGCGGCGGCGGCGGCUGCUCUUGCCCUCUCGCUCUCCCUCUCGCGUCUCCCGCUGCAGGUGGAAAGCAAGCCAGCCAAGAUGGAUAUCUACGACACUCAGACCUUGGGGGUUGUGGUCUUUGGCGGAUUUAUGGUUGUUUCUGCCAUUGGUAUCUUCCUGGUGUCAACCUUCUCCAUGAAGGAGACAUCGUAUGAAGAAGCACUUGCCAACCAGCGCAAGGAGAUGGCUAAAACUCACCACCAGAAAGGCGAGAAGAAAAAGAAGGAGAAGACUGUGGAGAAGAAAGGAAAGACCAAGAAAAAGGAAGAAAAACCUAAUGGGAAGAUACCUGACCAUGACCUGGAUCCCAACGUGACCAUCAUCCUCAAGGAACCAGUGCGUGUACCUGCUAUGGCUGUGGCUCCAACUUCAGUCCAUUCGUCUAUGGGCCAUACCCCUGUAGCCACAGUACCAGCUAUGCCUCAAGAAAAGCUGGCCUCCUCCCCUAAGGACAAAAAGAAGAAGGAGAAAAAAGUGGCAAAGGUUGAGCCAGCAGUCAGUUCUAUUGUGAAUUCCAUCCAAGUUCUUGCUUCAAAGUCUGCCAUCUUGGAAGCAACACCCAAGGAGGUGCCUAUGGUGGCUGUACCCCCAGUGGGCUCUAAGGCCAGUGUUCCUGCCACCAGCAGUCAGGGCAAGAAGGGGGAGGGAGCACAGAACCAAACCAAGAAGGGGGAUGGGGCCCAGAACCAAUCUAAGAAGGGGGAUGGGGCCCAGAACCAAGCCAAGAAGGGAGAGGGAGCCCAGAACCAAACUAAGAAGGGGGAGGGGGCCCAGAACCAGGCCAAAAAGGGGGAUGGGGCUCAGAACCAAGCUAAGAAGGGGGAGGGGGCCCAGAACCAGGCCAAAAAGGGGGAUGGGGCCCAGAACCAAGCUAAGAAGGGGGAGGGAGCCCAGAACCAGGCCAAGAAGGGAGAUGGGGCUCAGAACCAAGCUAAGAAGGGAGAAGGGGCUCAGAACCAGGCCAAGAAAGGGGGAGAAGGGGCCCAAAAUCAGGGCAAAAAGGAAACAAACCAAAAUCAAUCUAAGAAAGGUGAGGGAGGCCAGAACCAAGCCAAGAAGGGGGAAGGGGCUCAGAACCAGACCAAGAAGGGGGAAGGACCCCAGAACCAGGGCAAGAAGGGAGAAGCAACUCAAAACCAGGGCAAAAAAAUGGAAGGAGCUCAGAACCAAGGCAAGAAGACAGAAGGAACCCCAAACCAAGGCAAGAAGGGAGAAGGGGCUCAAAACCAGGCCAAAAAUUUAGAAGGCUCUCCUAACCAAGGAAAAAAGGCAGAGGGGGCCCAGAACCAGGGCAAGAAAGGAGAGGGGGCCCAGAACCAGGGCAAGAAAGGAGAGGGGGCCCAGAACCAGGGCAAGAAAGGAGAGGGGGCCCAGAACCAGGGCAAGAAAGGAGAGGGGGCCCAGAACCAGGGUAAGAAAGGAGAGGAGGCCCAGAACCAGGGUAAGAAAGGAGAGGGAGCUCAGAACCAGGGUAAGAAAGGAGAAGGAUCUCCCAACCAGAGCACAAAAGUUGAGGUUAUACAAAACCAGGGCAGAAAGGUAGAAGGAACCCCAAACCAGGGCAAGAAAAUGGAGGGGGCCCAGAACCAGGGUAAAAAGGGGGAAGGGGCCCAAAACCAGGGGAAAAAAGGGGAAGGGCCUCAAAACCAGGGCAAAAAGGCAGAAGGGGCCCAAAGUCAGGGCAAGAAAGGGGAGGGCACCCAGAAUCAGGGCAAAAAGGGGGAUGGAAACCCCAACCAAGGCAAGAAGGGGGAAGGGGCUCCCAACCAGAGUAGAAAGACUGAUGCAGUUGCUAAUCAGGGCACAAAGACAGAAGGUGUCUCAAACCAAGGAAAAAAGGCAGAGGGGGCCCCCGGGAAUCAGGCCAAAAAGGUAGAUGAGUCCCCCAAUCAGGCCAAAAAGGUAGACACAGCUGCCAAUCAGGGUAAAAAGUCAGAGUCGGCUCCUGCCCAGGGUAAAAAUGCAGGAAUGGUCCAGAGCCAGGAGGCACCAAAGCAAGAGGCUCCUGCAAAGAAGAAGUCUGGUUCAAAGAGAAAAGGCGAGCCUGGAACCCAAGAUUGCGACAGCCCUCUCUUCCUGCCCUACAAGACGCUGGUUUCCACAGUUGGAAGCAUGGUGUUUAAUGAGGGUGAAGCCCAACGGCUUAUUGAGAUCCUCUCUGAGAAGACUGGAGUUACUCAGGACACUUGGCAUAAGGCCACACAGAAGGGUGACCCUGUAGCAAUUCUGAAACGCCAGCUAGAAGAGAAAGAAAAGCUGCUAGCCACGGAGCAAGAGGAUGCGGCUGUCGCCAAGAGCAAACUAAGGGAACUCAACAAGGAGAUGGCUUCAGAGAAGGCCAAAGCUGCAGCUGGGGAGGCCAAGGUGAAGAAGCAGCUGGUAGCUCGGGAGCAGGAGAUCGCAGCUGUGCAGGCACGAAUGCAGGCCAGCUACCAGGACCAUGUGAAGGAGGUGCAGCAGCUGCAGGGCAAGAUCCGGACUCUUCAGGAGCAGCUGGAGAAUGGCCCCAACACCCAGCUGGCCCGCCUACAGCAGGAGAACUCCAUCUUGAGGGAUGCCUUGAACCAGGCCACCAGCCAGGUGGAAAGCAAGCAGAACACAGAACUGGCAAAGCUCAGACAGGAGCUUAGCAAGGUCAACAAGGAGCUAGUGGAGAAGUCAGAGGCCUCCCGGCAGGAGGAGCAACAGCGAAAAGCUCUGGAAGCCAAGGCAGCCACCUUUGAGAAGCAGGUCCUACAACUGCAGGCAUCCCAUAAAGAGAGUGAAGAGGCUCUGCAGAAGCGCCUUGAGGAGGUCACCCGGGAGCUGUGCAAAGCACAGACUAGCCAUGCCAGCCUCCGGGCAGAUGCAGAGAAGGCCCAGGAACAGCAGCAGCGGGUAGCAGAGCUGCACAGCAAAUUACAGUCCUCUGAGGUAGAAGUGAAAAGCAAGUGUGAGGAGCUGAGUAAUCUCCACGGGCAGCUCCAGGAUGCCAAGGCAGAGAACUUACAGCUCACAGAGAGGAUCCGUUCCAUCGAGACACUUCUGGGAGCAGGCCAGGCCCAAAUCACCCAGGCCAGCCAAGCUGAGGUGGACCAGCAGCAGACUCGUCUCAAGGAGCUGGAGUCACAGGUGUCGUGUCUGGAGAAGGAGACCAGUGAGCUCAAGGAGGCCAUGGAGCAGCAGAAAGGGAAGAACAAUGACCUCAGAGAAAAGAACUGGAAGGCCAUGGAGGCACUGGCCUUAGCUGAGCGGGCCUGUGAGGAGAAGCUGCGCUCCCUGACCCAAGCCAAGGAGGAAUCAGAAAAGCAGCUCCAUUUGGCUGAGGCCCAGACCAAGGAGGUUCUUCUGGCUUUGCUCCCAGACCUCUCCAUCUCAGCACAUCAGAACUAUGCUGAAUGGCUGCGGGAAGUCAAAGAGAAGGGCUCUGAGCUGCUAAAGAAACCGCCUGCCUCCCUAGAGCCCUCCUUGGACAUAGUCUCCAAGUUGAGGGAGGCCGAAGAGACCCAGAACUCCUUGCAGGCUGAGUGUGACCAGUACCGCACCAUCCUGGCAGAGACGGAGGGUAUGCUCAAAGAUCUGCAGAAGAGCGUGGAGGAGGAAGAGCGCGUGUGGAAGGCCAAGGUGGGGGCAGCUGAAGAGGAGCUCCAGAAGUCACGGGUCACAGUGAAACAUCUGGAAGACAUUGUAGAGAAGCUAAAAGGAGAACUUGAAAACUCAGAUCAGGUGAGGGAGCACACUUCACUUCUGGAAGCGGAGCUGGAGAAGCACAUGGCAGCUGCCAGUGCAGAGUGCCAGAAUUAUGCCCAGGAGGUGGCAGGGUUGAGGCAGCUUCUGUUAGAUUCUCAGUCUCAGCUGGAUGAAGCCAAGAGUGAAGCUCAGAAACAAAGCGCUGAGCUUGCCCUGGUCAGGCAGCAGUUGAGUGACAUGAAGAGCCACGUAGAGGAUGGUGACGUGGCUGGGUCUCCAGCUGUCCCUCCAGCCGAGCAGGACCCUAUGAAGCUGAAAACACAGCUGGAGCAGACAGAGGCCAUCCUGGAGGAUGAGCAAACACAGCGGCAGAAGCUCACAAUUGAGUUUGAAGAGGCUCAGAGCACAGCCUAUCGGUUACAGGAAGAGCUGGAGAAGCUCCGCGCUGCUUUCCCCCUGGAGUCUUCAGGAGUAGAAGAGGUCACACAGCUGAAGGAGAGACUAGAAAAAGAGAAGAGGUUAACAAGUGACCUGGGGCGUGCCGCCACCAAGCUUCAAGAACUUCUGAAGACGACCCAGGAGCAGCUGACAAAAGAGAGGGACACAGUGAAGAAGUUGCAAGAACAGCUGGAAAAAGCAGGUCCCAUCAGUCCCUCUGCAUGCACCCCCUGGUCCCUGGAGUCAGCUCUGGGCCUCUCUGAAGGUCUGGAGGAGGAUGGUAGCAGCUCCAAGGAGGGAACCUCUGUCUGAGUCUCCUCGGCAAACUGUUCAACUUACCAAAAUGCCUUACACAUUCCUUACAAAUAAACCAACCAACACAGCGUUAUCCAGGCCCAACUUCCAGUGAAGCCAUUGGAGACAAGUCUCAGAACCACAGAAAGAAAUCUUCCAGACCCCCAGUCUGUAAAAGAACCUUUGUCACAUUUGAUAAACACUAUUCCCGGGAGCAGCCCUGGACCACCUCGAGCAGACGCCAAAGCCCUCAUCAACGCUGACAGACCGGGGUGUGCUGGGAGUCCAGAACGCUCGGGAUUUAUGUCAAUCAGUGCAAUUGUCUGUAUUUCUCAGUGGGGCCGGGUCGGGGAGCAACAGGCCAGGUGGUGAGUUCUCAGAGGCUGCUGAGCAGACUGGAGGGCUUCAGCCCAGCCCAGCAAAGCUGCAGCCCUCACCCCUGGAAGUUGCCAAGCAGAACUGACAUGUGACUGCCUGGAUGUCAAUGCCAUUAAAACCAACGUGUUGCCCGGCA